AUGGUAGGGAUGCUGAGCUCCGCGUUGAGGGAGCGCUUGGCGAGCCUCGUGGACUCGGUGAAGUCCGCCGCGGAUAUUCCAGCGAAGCUUGACCGGUUGCGGCAGCUAGGGGAGAUUUUGCUGGAAGCAGGAGAUGCUGGCUCGCUCUCCGAGUUCAUCCCGAGUUUGUUCGAUUUGCAAUGUGAUCAGGACUCUCCUGUUCGGAAAUGUGCUACCGAGAUCAUUGGAGAACUUGGAUUGAAGCACUUGGUAUUCAUUCCUGAAAUCGUUCCCGUCUUGAUGACACUAUCCGAAGACAGUGUCCCAGCUGUGGCUAGACAAGCGAUCACUUGCGGAACCCGAUUGUUCCGCGCUACUCUCAUAACAAUUGCACUUCAGGGUCUUCACAAGAGUGAGCUGGAUGAUCUGCUCAAGGCAGCAUGGUCGUCAAUGCUGGAGUUCAAGGAUAAAGUUUACUCUAUAGCUUUCAAGGUUGGAAGUGGCGGGGUAAAGUUAUUGUCCCUGAAGUUUGUUGAAGCAGUAAUUCUACUCUACACUCCUGAUCCCAACGGUCCUACUGAACCCCCUAACUAUGAAGGAGAGCAUCUGGAAUUUAACAUAUCAUGGUUUCGUGGAGGGCAUCCUGUAUUAAAUGUUGGCGACUUAUCAAUUGAAGCCAGCAAAAGACUUGCUUUACUGCUGGAUCAACUGAGGCCUCCAACAGUGAAAUCUCUCAGUAACUUGGUGAUUAUUGUCAUUAUUAACUGUCUUGCCUCCAUAGCAAAGCAGAGACCCUUGUAUUAUGGGAGGAUCUUGCCUGUCUUACUUGGUUUGGACCCAUCUAACUCUGCUAUCAAAGGGAUGCAUGCUCCCGGAGCAAAGCUUGCUCUGAAGAAUGCCUUCCUGACCUGCUUAAAAUGUACCCACCCAGGUGCUGCACCGUGGCGGGAUCGUUUAGUUGGUGCCCUAAGAGUAAUGAAAGUAGAAGGAUUAUCGGAGGAUGUUUUACAUCAAAUGCUUAAGAGCAAUGGAAGUGUUCUUGUGGAAAAAGAAGAUUUGAUUGUCAAGAAGGAAGGUAAGCAUUCAGUUGAGUCAUUUGAUGACGGCAUAUGUAAUAAAUUGGAGAAAAAAAGAUCUGGAGCAGAUGACAGUACAGAUUCAGCUGAUAGUGGUGAAGUUUCUAGAAAGCGUGCCAAAUCAACUGCUACUUCAGUGACUGAACCAAAGAAUGAGCCAACCUGGAAUCAAGUGAUCCCUCAUGAGAACAGCCCUUCGCAUGAGGCUCCCUCUGACAAAGGAGAUAAUGAUAGUGGACCUGUGCAACAACUUGUUUCCAUGUUUGGAGCCUUGGUAGCGCAAGGUGAAAAGGCUGUUGGUUCUUUGGAGAUACUCAUUUCUAGCAUAUCUGCCGACUUGCUAGCUGAUGUAGUAAUGGCAAACAUGCGCCUCCUCCCUCAUUCUCGGCUUCAAAUGGAAGGAGACGAUGAACCUGUGGCAAACAUUACUGUUGUUGGCAGUAGCACUGAUGCCAAGUAUCCGGCCUCCUUUUUAGCUGAUGUCGUUUCCCUUUCUACCUCUUUUCCAUCAAUACUUUCACAACUAAGAACCCGUGAGGCUACUUCAGAUGAGUUAAUGACAUCUCCAAGAGAGGAAGAAGUGCAAAUAUCUGGUGGGAGUGAUGAUCAAACAGAUGAUGAAAUAUUGCCUACUGUCUUACCGGAUUCUUCAGUGGGUAUACCUGGUAUGGAGACAGAUUGUCUACCAAUUUCUUCUGAUCUUCAUGAGGUUGAGAAUUCAGAGAGUGAGAUACCUGGCCUAGACUCUUCUGCACAAAAUAAUACGGUUUCUGAGGACAUGGGUGCAUCUUCACUUGUCUCUAAUGACAUAGAAGCUGCUACUCAAGAGCAAGCUGCAAGUUCUGGUGCUACAUCAAUGUUAGAUUUGCAUCCAUCAGUAUCAACUGAGAAGUCAGAGGAACUAAGCCCGAAAGCAGCCAUUAAUGAUUCCAAUAGCGUUAUUUCUUCAAUGCCAGUGCCUGCAUCUUUCCCUAGUAAACUUGUCCUACCUAAGAUGGCAGCUCCAGUGGUUGACCUUGCUGAUGAUGAGAAAGAUCAACUGCAAACUUUGGCAUUUACCCGUAUUAUUGAGGCAUAUAAACUGAUAGACCUUUCUGGGUCAUCUCAAGUGCGCCUUUCCUUACUUGCUUGUCUAGGAGUUGAGCUUCCCUCAGAGUUUGAGCCAUGGAAGCUGCUUGAGAAGCACAUAUUGGCAGAUUAUGUUAAUCUGGAGGGACACGAGUUGACAUUGCGUGUCCUUUACAGGCUAUUCAGAGAGAUAGAAGAGGAACGCGACUUCUUUUCUUCUACAACUGCUGCUUCUGUAUAUGAGAUCUUCUUUCAGACUGUGGCUGAGACAUUGAGAGAUUCUUUUCCACCUUCAGACAAAUCUUUGAGUAGAUUGCUUCUUGAAGCUCCUUCUCUACCUCAGUCUGUCUUGAACUUGUUGGAGUCCUUAUGUUGUCCCGGAAACUCUGAAAUAGCUGACAAAGAGCUUCAACAUGGAGAUCGAGUCACUCAAGGGCUCAGUACUGUGUGGAACUUGAUUAUGUCUAGGCCUCCUCUUAGAGAAUCCUGCUUGAAGAUCGCUUUGCAGAGUGCAGUUCAUCCCUUGGAGGAAGUACGGAUGAAGGCAAUUCGUCUGGUGGCUAACAGGCUUUAUCCGCUGCCAUCGGUUUCCCAACAAAUUGAAGAUUUUGCCAAGGAAACCAUGUUGUCGGUGGAAGGUGCUGAAGAUGACGUCUUGGAGGCCCAGCGACGCAUGUCAUUGCUUUUUGCCUUGUGCACAAAGAAACACUCCCUUUUCCGCCAAAUCUUUUAUGUGUACAAGAAUGCAUCAGAGGCAGUUACCCAGGCGGUUCAUAAGCAUAUCCCUAUACUUGUCCGGACCAUGGGCUCUUCCUCUGAGCUCCUUGGAAUUAUUUCAGAUCCACCUGAAGGAAGUGAGAAGCUUCUAACACAGGUUUUGCAGACAUUGACUGAAGGGGCUGCUCCUUCUCCGGAGUUGCUACUCACCAUACAAAGAUUAUAUAAUUCUAAGCUUAAGGAUGUUGAUAUUUUAAUUCCAGUAUUGCCAUACCUUCAAAGCGAUCAGAUCCUAUCAACUUUUCCGCAGCUUGUGAAUCUAAAUAUAGACAAGUUCCAAACUGUGCUUCUUCGUAUAAUACAGGGACCACCUAAUUCUAGUCCUCUACUGAGUCCAUCUGAAGUUCUAAUAGCUAUCCAUGGGAUUGAUCCUGAAAAGGAUGGAAUUCCCUUGAAGAAGGUCACAGAUGCUUGUAAUGCUUGCUUUGAGCAACGGCAAAUAUUCACCCAGCCAGUUAUUGCGAAAGUCUUGAAUCAGCUGGUUGAGCAGAUUCCUCUUCCUUUGUUAUUUAUGCGGACAGUAAUACAAGCCAUAGGAGCUUUUCCUGCCUUGGUGGAGUUCAUCAUGGAGAUCCUUUCCCGUUUAGUCAACAAGCAGAUAUGGAAAUACCCAAAGCUCUGGGUGGGGUUCUUGAAGUGCGCACUCCUGACAAAGCCUCAAUCUUUCAGCGUGUUGCUUCAGUUACCCCCGCCGCAGCUGGAAAAUGCAUUGAACAGAACCGCGGCACUGAGAGCUCCACUAGUUGCUCAUGCUAGCCAACCAAAUAUUAAAUCCACACUACCAAGGUCUAUCUUGGUUGUUCUAGGAAUAGCUUCAGAUCCCCCGCAGAACUCGACUCAAUCACAGCCAACACAGGAUCAGACUACAGAGAUGAGCAACUCGGAGAAGGAUGUGCAAAUGGAGGAGAAACCAAACGAGUCUUCUAGUGCCAGCUGA